GUCAGAGGCAGCUGCGCUGCGCCUGGCCCAGGCGCAGGUCGGCCCUGAAACUGGGGGGCAUUUAAACGCUGCCCCACGCACCAACGACAGCACGCGAAUUGCUAGGAAUCGAUGAGCGGCCGCUCCCAGGCCCGCAAGAGCCAGCGCGAACUGCAAAACGUCUUUACGGCUGGUCGCGGAGGCGCUGACCAGCGGUUACCUGCCGCGCCUCGUUCGAUCGCUUUGCCAGCGCCGCCGCCAGCGCCGGAAGGACUACCGAUGGCGGAGCGCGUCGUCGGCGGCACUGCGAAUGCGCCGGCGCCACAAGCAACGACUUCGGAAGACGUCGCGGUGCCGGGCGCUGGGUGGGCGAACGGCGCGCGCCAAGUGCAGAGCACAUUAGAUGGCGGGACGGUGGGGGACAAUCCGGAGUGCUCGUGCAAGUGUCUUCCGGCGCGUCUGGAUAGGAAGAACGUCAAGUUAGGGUGCAUGCACAUCACGCCGUUGAAGACUGUCGACUGCCCCAAGUGCAACAACUCGAGAAGCAAGAAAGCGCACUCGAUUGGCUGCGACAAAAGCGAAUAUUUUGGCCUGACGCACGGUGAGAUCGCCUCGAAGAAGGGGGGCAAGGACCCGUUCAAGGGUAAGAUAACGAAGAAGGACGCCAAGGGUACGGCUCCUCUGUCCUUCUUCAAGAAGCCUCCCAAUCCUCCGACGGCUCCCGUCGCACCGCCCGCGGAACCGCCGGCACCCGCUGCACCGGCGCCGGCGCCUGGAAUGCUCAAUAGACUUAAGGCGGCGGCCGUCGCUCUCGUGCGGCCGUCCAGCACUAAGCGUGACGCGUCGACGGCGAUCGGAGAUGACACCGUGGGCGAAGAGGACACCGCUGACAGGCCACGGCCUUCGUUAGCAGAAGAGACUGCCAGUUUGGAGGCCGAGGACGACGCCACGCCGCGGUUGAUUCCAGAGCUCGAAAAAAUCAUUCAUACUACUAUAGAAAAGUGUCCACGCGUCCGCUACGACGACAAAGAGCGUCAUUUCACCGUCUUCAAGUAUUCAGGAAGUUUGAGCGCCGAUGAACAACGCGAAUGUUUCGCACCUGGCGACUUUAGGGUGGUUUUUCACGAGACCAUCGAUACCGGCGCCGGGACGCGGCCCAGCUACAUAAAACACGCGCUACGUGGUGUUGAGGUCAUAUUUCUGCGUCCGGACCUUAAUCGGUACGGCGACGAAGAGGUGGCAGAUUCCUUGCGUUGCUUUGGGUGCCGGGGGCGGCUACAGUUCUCUCGGUGGACUUAUUCUAAGCGUAAGACGUGCAAGAUGAUCCUGACGACAGGUCGUCCACACUUCCUCGUCGAGGGGUCCUACCAGUGCACUGAAUGCAAACAGAUCUAUGGAGCGUCGCAAUAUGAGAUGCGGGUGAUGCAGCCGCCGCGAAUUCAGAGCGACCUGCCGGUCGACACGGCGUCCACUGUUUGUCUUCUGGUACAUCGAGUCGAUCGCGACACAGUGGACGCGGCUCCUGCGCCGGCUCCGUCUAAGUCAGGCGACGAGAAGAAGAAGAAGAAACUAGCGGCCGUUCGGAAGUACACGGGCUGCCCGAAGUGCGACUGUGGGAAGGUCGACGAAGUAGAAGAGGAGAACAAGCGCCGCGCUAACAAGGUUCCUCCGAUGGGCGGGCUUCGCGGGAAGACCGUGUGGUGCAAGGACGACUGCACGCAGUGGAAGUGGAUUGUCCAGCAGGGUUACCGGGAACCACGGUCUACAACGUGAUUCUUCCGGUUUCGAAGUUCGCACCGUGGUGAAUACACCACGGUGCGUAACGCCGCCAUCAGCAGUCACGUUCGCGUUCGCGCGAGAGCACUUGCUAUGGCCGCUUUUUGUUUGCUCCCCCUUACUUGCUACCGGCGUGUCGCCCUAGGCCUCCGUUAUAGUAGUAGACCCUAUUCA